AGUGCAGGGCUUUAGUGAAAAAAGCUUGGUACACACACAACCAAAGGGAACCAAAGCAAACAACAAACGACAGACAAAUAAAAUAAUGGUUAUCUCAAAAAGAAGUAACGCAAUGGCCAGAAUUUACUGAAUACUGAGGGAAAUGGUUCAAUACAUGAUAGAGUCAAAUUCGAAGAUUAAUUUCAUCAUCAUGUUUCAGACCUGUCAUCGUUGUCAUUGAUUGACCAGUAGCUGCUUCAUACACGGACGACAGACAGAGAGGAUUGCGUUCCAUGGGUUCAGGUGCUACAAAAUUGGCACAGGGGUCGUCAAAUUUCAGCGGAACAUUUGUCCAGACCCAGUCCCCCCGCCCACGGAGCGCCGGCCGUCCCCGCAGCGGCACUAGUACGCGCUCGUCGGUCUCGCUUCAGGAGGAGUUUGAUAGUAGCGUCAUGGUGUGUGAAUUGUGCUCAGCUAAUUUUACAAUUUUUAAGAGGAAGUAUAAGUGCCUGGACUGCUCAAAGCUCUUCUGUUCAAACUGCAUCCGUAAGGAGCCUCGGCGGAGCUGUAAGACAUGCUGCAUGUUCACUGGGUCUCAGGACCGGAGUCAACUUAUGCAAAUCAAGGUAAAGGAUCUACGCCAGUACCUGGCAGCCAGGGACAUCUCCACGCUGGCCUGUCGUGAGAAGGAGGAGCUGGUCGAUCUAGUUGUACAGUACUUGUCCUCCCAUAGUAACAGUCCCUUCAUGGUCACGGUGAAUAAUCUAGACGAGGCCAUGGCAGAUACUCCAGUGUCCCACAGACAUGACUCUGUGGAUCGGUCCGUCCCUCAUGGGUCUAGUUAUAAUCAGCCAGGGACGAGACAGAGUGACCCUGUCCGGACUGACCCUUCCAGUAUGGCGGGGCAAGGGGGUGAGUCGGGAAUGGGAGUAACGAGGAAUGCCUGGCCCGAAGGAUCGAGUACAAGUGACUCGGAAGCAGAGCACUCGCCCGUGGAAAACAUAUCCAACCCUGAGCCUGUGAACAACACCGCGCCAGAGAGCAGUCCGCCGCCGCCUCCGCAACCUGUACCGUUAAGAAAACGAGCCUCGAUCAGCGACCUAAGUAAAAUAGAAGAUAUAGACGACCUGACCGUCCGUCAGCUUAAAGAGAUCCUGACACUCAAUUUCAUCAACUACAAAGGUUGCGUGGAACGAUGGGAACUAGAGGAACGAGUCAAGAGACUAUACCAGGAACGAGAAGACUUCAAGAACAAAGAGCAAGCUACUGCGGCAGCAGUGGCGAAGGUAGCAGCUGCAAUACGUGAAGGAAAAUCAAAUUCAUCCAAGUCCUCCGCUGAUAAAGCCGAUGACAACACCUGCAAGAUCUGUAUGGACUCCCCCAUCGACUGUGUGCUCCUAGAGUGCGGCCACAUGGUCACGUGCACAAAGUGUGGCAAACAACUCGCAGAAUGUCCCAUGUGUAGGCAGUACAUCAUCCGGGCAGUGCACGUCUUUCGCUCUUAAAGAGGAUCUAGUGCAAUCGUUACAGAGUGUCCUUCGGUAUGUGUUAAGUGUUGGUGGGUGAGUCUGGUGAGUGUCGUGGGUUGGGAUUCCUGUUUUUCCAGGAGAAACUGUUUGUCUUUUUUCCCAGUCCGUGUAUUUUGAAAUGUCGUAUCAUUUUGUACCAUGUCAGUUGUGCCGCACAUGGGCCCUUCUCUUGGCAGUCUGCAGAGGGGGGAUAAUGCGUGGUUGGGAGAGUGAUUUUGUUGGUUGGGUUAUGCGCAUCCUUGACUCUCUGAAUCUUCUUGUUAUCGUUUGUUUUGGAUUUUUUGCACGGUCUCGUGUGCCUCAUCGCAUGCUCUUGCAAUUGAAUUAAUAAGCAGCGUAAGGUUUUUUGUUUAUGUUGUCAGAGUUUGUUAUGUUCAAAAAGAAUUUUUAGGCUUUGAGAAAGACUUUGCUUAGGUCAAAACAUCAAGCCAUUAACUAUUUUUUUGAUUUUUAUAUACACUGUGGUGUGAGGUUGAGGAGUGAUGAACAAUGCCAUCUCCGUAGUAUACAAAGGAUUUCUUUGGGGGUGGUGAACGGAAGAGGGCUCGUUUUGAUCAGAUAACUGAAGGCGACCCUGUUGGACACAUAAAAGCACCGUUAGUCUUUUGUUGAUAUGGUGGACACCAGAAGAGUGCACUGUUUGGUUUUGGGCAUUUACAAAUUUACCUGAACCUUGCUACAGUCUUGUGUCCACCAAAUCUCAAAAUGGCGUAGGAUUUCUUUGCUAUUUGCUAGAACCGGUUCAACGAUUAAGUGUUCACAGAAGUAAAAGUAUAUUACAAAAAUACAAGUAACAAGUUUUUUGCAUUCUUUUAUUAACUCAAUUGGCUUGGGAUGAAACAAGGUUAUGUCAAAAUGCACCCGUUAAUCACAUCGGAAAUCUGUCACUGUAGUAUAUCACUUAGAUGUCUUUAAUGCCAAUGAAGAAACACAUACGUACAUGUAGUCUUGCAUCAUGCGUAGUGGCGAUCGCCCACAUAGAUAGUGUGGGCUUAUCCCAAGCAGUUAUGCACCUGGCAGAAGCACUUGUAUCACAUCACAUUCAGACAGGCGUCAUGUGUUAAACAUGUGUCUCAAACCCAAUUGAAGAAAUGGGGUUUAAUGCCCAUAUUGACACUACAUUUCUGGAUUUCAGCACAGCGACUGGAGGCAAGACCAGCCAUAAUCAAAAUAUGAACAUUUAGUUGAAAGGUUAACAAUUACACUACUCAUUAUGGCCUAGUUUCAUAAAGCCUGUAAGCAGACAUGUUAUGCUUACGGAGUGACCAAAGUCUCUAUUUCAUAAUUACUGCUAAGCAAAGCAAACUAGCCAGCGGUUCUUGUAAGUAGGCAAGAGAAGCAGCAAUGUAAAUCCACUGUGAAUAUGCACAUCCGCUGUCAAAUCUUCUUGAUUGUUUAUGAAAUACACUUUUGCUGAUGCAUGUUUUUCUGCUACAUGUAUAAGUAUAGUAAGCACAACAAUUUGCUUCAAACUGGUAAACAGUUAUAUAAAUUAGAGCCCCUGCUGGCUGGUUAUAACUGUUAAAAAAAAUCAAUAACUGUUCAUACUGAACUAUAGUAAAGAUCAGCCAGAUAUUUAUAUUCUCCGUUGUGGAGAACUUUAACCUGCAAUUUCUUGUCUCUGCAUGUCAUCCCUACUGAAAAUUCAGCAAGGUUUCUCAGAGAUUAACAGUGCAGGGGUGGAUUUCACAAAAAGUUAAGACUAGUCUUAUCUCGAGUAAGGACGAGAGAGCUACUUGUCCUA